CACCGCGCUGGAAAGAUGCCGGUUAUGAAAGGAUUACUGGCGCCCCAGAACACCUUCCUGGACACCAUCGCCACCCGCUUUGACGGAACACAUAGCAACUUCAUCCUCGCCAACGCCCAGGUGGCCAAGGGCUUCCCCAUCGUCUACUGCUCGGACGGCUUCUGUGAACUCGCUGGAUUUGCCCGAACAGAAGUCAUGCAGAAGAGCUGCAGCUGCAAGUUCUUAUUUGGAGUUGAGACCAAUGAACAACUGAUGCUUCAGAUAGAAAAGUCCUUGGAGGAAAAAACAGAAUUCAAAGGAGAAAUUAUGUUCUAUAAGAAGAAUGGGUCUCCAUUUUGGUGCCUGUUGGAUAUUGUUCCCAUAAAGAAUGAGAAAGGAGAUGUGGUCCUUUUUCUGGCCUCGUUCAAAGAUAUAACAGACACGAAAGUGAAGAUUACUCCAGAAGAUAAAAAAGAAGACAAAGCCAAAGGACGAUCAAAAGCUGGAACCCACUUUGAUUCAGCCAGGAGACGAAGCAGAGCGGUGCUUUAUCACAUCUCUGGCCACCUGCAAAGAAGAGAAAAGAACAAACUGAAAAUAAACAAUAAUGUUUUCGUAGACAAACCAGCAUUUCCGGAGUAUAAAGUUUCUGACGCAAAGAAGUCCAAAUUCAUACUUUUGCAUUUUAGCACUUUCAAAGCCGGCUGGGACUGGCUUAUUCUAUUGGCGACGUUUUAUGUUGCCGUGACGGUACCUUACAACGUCUGCUUCAUUGGCAACGAUGACCUGUCGACGACUCGGAGCACAACGGUCAGUGACAUUGCAGUGGAGAUUCUUUUUAUUAUAGAUAUUAUUUUGAAUUUUCGAACGACCUAUGUCAGCAAGUCUGGCCAAGUCAUCUUUGAAGCGAGAUCAAUCUGCAUUCACUACGUCACCACGUGGUUCAUCAUCGAUCUAAUCGCUGCCCUGCCCUUUGACCUCCUGUAUGCUUUCAACGUCACAGUGGUGUCCCUGGUGCACCUCCUGAAGACCGUGCGGCUGCUGCGCCUCCUGCGCCUCCUGCAGAAGCUGGACCGCUACUCCCAGCACAGCACGAUCGUCCUGACUCUGCUCAUGUCCAUGUUCGCCCUGCUGGCCCACUGGAUGGCGUGCAUCUGGUACGUCAUCGGAAAAAUGGAGAGGGAAGACAACAGCCUUCUGAAGUGGGAAGUUGGCUGGCUCCACGAGUUGGGGAAGAGACUGGAAUCGCCCUACUAUGGGAACAACACCCUGGGCGGGCCGUCGAUCCGAAGUGCCUAUAUCGCAGCUCUGUAUUUCACGCUCAGCAGCCUCACCAGUGUUGGGUUUGGGAACGUCUCUGCUAACACGGAUGCAGAGAAGAUCUUCUCCAUCUGCACCAUGCUGAUCGGCGCCUUGAUGCACGCCCUGGUGUUCGGAAACGUGACGGCAAUCAUCCAGAGAAUGUACUCCAGGUGGUCCCUCUAUCACACCAGAACCAAGGAUCUGAAGGACUUCAUCCGCGUCCAUCACCUGCCCCAGCAGCUCAAGCAGCGGAUGUUGGAGUAUUUCCAGACAACCUGGUCAGUCAACAACGGAAUAGAUUCCAACGAGCUUUUGAAGGACUUUCCGGAUGAGCUCCGCUCCGACAUCACCAUGCACCUGAACAAGGAGAUCUUGCAGCUGUCCCUGUUCGAGUGUGCCAGCCGGGGCUGCCUGCGGUCACUGUCUCUGCACAUCAAAACCUCCUUCUGCGCCCCCGGGGAGUACUUGCUGCGCCAGGGGGACGCUUUGCAGGCCAUCUACUUCGUGUGCUCGGGCUCCAUGGAGGUUCUUAAAGACAGCACGGUGCUGGCCAUUCUCGGGAAAGGGGAUUUAAUCGGGGCCAAUCUGUCAAUCAAGGACCAAGUGAUCAAGACCAACGCAGAUGUGAAGGCGCUGACCUACUGCGAUCUCCAGUGUAUCAUCCUCAAAGGGCUCUUUGAAGUGCUGGACCUGUACCCAGAAUAUGCUCACAAAUUUGUGGAAGACAUUCAGCAUGACCUCACAUACAACCUUCGAGAAGGUCAUGAGAGUGAUGUGAUAUCCAGAUUAUCAAACAAAUCGACAGUCUCACAGUCGGAGCCCAAGGGAAACGGCAGUAUCAAGAAGAGACUGCCGUCCAUCGUGGAAGACGAGGAGGAGGAGGACGAGGGGGAGGAGACAGCCUCCCUGUCCCCCGUCUACACCAGGGGACCCGCCUCUUCUCGCAGCAAGCGGCCUGGAGGCGGUAAGAGCUACCUCGGCUUAAGCCUGAAGCAGCUGGCCUCGGGAACGGUGCCCUUUCACUCACCUAUCAGAGUCUCCAGUUCAAACUCCCCCAAAACCAAGCAGGAGACGGAUGCCCCAAACUAUGGCAAAAGAAAAGAGAAGAACUUGAAAUUGCAGCUUUCAACUUUGAACAGUGCUGGACCCCCAGACCUCAGUCCCAGGAUUGUUGAUGGAAUUGAAGAUGGAAACAGCAGUGAAGAAAGCCAGACUUUCGACUUUGGCUCUGAACGAAUCAGACCAGAGCCCAGAAUUUCUCCUCCUCGUGGAGACCCAGAGAUUGGAGCUGCUGUCCUCUUUAUCAAAGCGGAGGAGACCAAGCAGCAGAUAAGCAAACUCAACAGUGAGGUAACCACGCUGACUCAGGAGGUCUCCCAGCUCGGCAGGGACAUGAAGACGGUGAUGCAGCUUCUCGAGCACGUCCUGUCGCCGCAGCAGCAGUCCCGGCUUUGCUCUCUGCACACCGCCUCUCUGCGUCCCUCCGGUUUCCAGGGCGGGAUGACCUGGAGCACGCACCAGCCCUGUCUGCACUUGCAAGCCGCCGGGGCUGCCUACACCCCAGCCCAGCUCUGCCAGGGGAGUGUCACCCCCGAGAGAUGGAGUGUGGGGCCCUCCUCGGCGGGGGGCAGCCCCCUGCGGACGGGAGCCCACGAGCAGAGUCCUGCGGGCGGGGAGCUCCGCGCCUCCCGGAGCCUGGAUCAUGCACCUGCCCACUGCCAGGUGGUCCAGGAAGGUCGCCUGCAGCUUCUCAGGUGCAUCUCCCCGCAGUCAGACACGACGCUGACGCCACUGCAGUCCAUCUCGGCCACCCUCUCCUCCUCCGUUUGCUCCUCCUCAGAGACCUCUUUGCACCUGGUUCUCCCCAGCAGAUCAGAGGAGGGCAGCUUGGGCCAGGGCGCCGUGAGUUCCUUCAGUCUGGAAAACCUGCCGGGAUCUUGGGAGCGGGAAAGGCGGGCAUCCAUCUCCACCGAACCCCUGGAGAGCUUUCCGCUGGAAAUGGUCGCAAGCACAGCAGAAGGUAAAGAUGGCAGAGCCGGGCACGUAUGA